AUGGUAGCUUUAUUCUCCUCAAGCAUUAGCGUUGCGGCGGCAGCGGUUGCGACCCUCAUGCUGCUUUCGUCCCAACCAUCACCACCAUCUUCGCCACCGCCUCUGCCGUCUCUUGCUUCUCCCUUGAGACUGAAUGAGGAGGACAAUGGGGACAAUGAGCCAUUCUUAGACUUGGAGUUCGCCCUUGUCCCCGAAAAUGAGGAUGAUGGGGGGAGGCUUGAGGAGGGGGAGGAGGAAGAGGGGAGUUACUUUGACGCAGCUAUAAACAACAUACAAUAUGAAGGAGCUGCAACAAUUGCAUAUGGAUCUGUUGAUCUAACCAAAGGCUAUACCCCACCAUUCUUUCAAGUAGGCCACAUUCGGUACUCCCAACCCGUCGAUAUAUGGGAUUCUGUCACAGGGAGACAAGCAGACUUCUUGACUCGUUUCUCAUUCACCAUCGAUACUUACAACGCCACUAUAUAUAGUGAUGGUAUUGCCUUAUUUCUUGCUCCCGUUGGCUUCACAAUUCCCCCUAACUCAGGUGGUAAAUACUUAGGAUUGUUCAACACAAGCACAGCUUUUGAUGGGCCCCAGAGCCAAAUCGUCUUGGUUGAGUUCGAUACUUGGGUGAACCCAGAAUUUGAUCCUCUGAUGCAGCAUAUAGGAAUCAACAAAAACUCACUCUCAUCACUUGUUUAUGCUAGUUGGGAUCCUGGAUCACACAGCGGCAAUGCAAUUAAUGUUAUGGUGACCUAUAAUUCUACUACCAAGAAUCUUAGUGUAUUCUGGUCAUUUGAUGAUGAGCCAGUUUCUCCAGAUAACAAAAUUUUCUCCCUUUCUUGCCUAAUUGAUCUUGCUAAAGUUCUUCCCGAAUCAGUAGCAAUUGGAUUCUCAGCUUCAUAUGGCUUUCAAGCGGAGAGACACAGCAUCAAUUCAUGGGAGUUCACUUCAAACUUGGACGUUGUGCAUCACCUGCCGGUGAAUCCGUCAAAAAAGGGGGUAAACUCUAAGAUGUAUAGGAUUCUAACAUUUAUCACUGCUCCCAUUGCUUGUCUCUUGCUGGUCAUUUUGGCAUGUUCUUGCUUCUUUAUGAUCAAGAUGAGGAAAAAAUGUGAGUAUCAGGCUGUGACUCACAUUGACAAAGAGAUAGUAGCAUUGCCACUGAAAUUCUCUCGUCAAGAGUUGCUCGUUGCUACAAAUGGCUUUGCAGUUGAUCGAAAACUAGGCCAAGGAGGGUCCAGCCAAGUUUACAAGGGGUUUUUGAGCAGUUUAGAUCGCCUAGUUGCCGUCAAAAGAAUCUUUGCAGGAUCCAAACAUUCAGAGAAGGUCUUCACCAACGAAGUGAAGAUACUAAGCCGCAUGAUACACCGAAAUCUGGUGCAAUUCAUUGGAUGGUGCCAAGAGGAAGGUGAGUUUUUGCUUGUUUAUGAAUAUAUGCCUAAUGGAAGCCUUGAUAAUCAUCUCUUUGGAACUCGAAAAAGUCUGCCAUGGAAUGUGAGGUACAAGAUAGCUUCAGGGCUAGCAUUAGCCCUCAACUAUCUUCAUGAAGAUCUAGAGCAGUGUGUUCUCCACAGAGAUAUAAAAGCUGCCAAUAUAUUACUCGACACGAACUUCAACACUAAGCUUGGAGACUUUGGAGUGGCUAAGCUUGUUGACCCCCAGUUCAGGACACAAAUGACGGACGUGGUAGGGACAUUUGGUUACCUAGCACCAGAAUAUUUGAGUGAAGGUAAGGUUGCUAAGGAAACCGACAUGUUCAGCUUCGGGGUUGUGGCUCUAGAAAUCUCAUGUGGUAGGAGGACCUAUCAGGAAGGAGAAUUUCACGUUCCGCUAUGCAAGUGGGUUUGGCAACUUUACCUUGCUGGAAACAUGCUUGAAGCAGCGGAUGAAACAUUGGAUUCGAGUUUCAAUAGGAAGGAAAUGGAAUGCUUGAUGAUGGUGGGACUGUGGUGUGUGCAUCCAAAUCCCAAGAUGAGGCCAAAAGCAGGACAAGUUACAAGAUUUCUUGAGCUAGAAGUCCCAGUGCCUGAGUUUCCACAUGGCACCUAUGAGGCCCCCACUUCGUAUCAGGCACUAAGAAUAGAGUCUUCCUCUGCUACGCAAGAAAUCAGUUCUUGUUCAGCAAGAUAG